UCGGGCCGUCGGGCCGUCGGGCCGUCGACCCGAGGCACAACCUCGACUUCCAGGCCUAAGGGCAGAGACGUACACAUCAGACGGUCUGGCCAAUCAGGACACGGCAUGCUGAUCCUUUAUCGAUCAGACUGCAGGAGUGCCGAGCUCAGCCAAUCACCGCCAGGCGACAGGAAGAGCUGA